AUGUCAACUCUCGAACCCCGACCUCCUUACUCAGAAGCCGAGAUCAAGAACCUUUAUCCGCCUCAAUUACGUCUGCAACUCGUCCAGAUCCUUCUCCGUCAUGGCGAACGCACUCCUAUCACCGCCCGCUUCACUUCCACAGGCCUUGCACCUUUCUGGCCAUACUGCUCUGCAGCUCGUCGUUUAACCAGCGUCAUUCUCGACCCUUCUGCCACCAGCUCCCAUGUCGAUCCCGCCGACAACCCAGGCCUUACUGUUCUCGAAUGGAAGCGCCGACUCGAGACCUUUGGGCCUGAUGAUGCGCCUAUCUUAGCCACUGGCCGCAAUGGCGAGCUUGAUGCUAUCUGCGACAUGGGCAUGUUGACCGAUCGUGGACGAGAAACAACGUAUGAUCUUGGCCAGCGCCUACGCCAUCUAUACGUCGACCAGCUUCGCUUCUUGCCGGAAAAACUCGCUGUUGACAUUGACACAGCUGCCAUCUACCUCCGCGCUACACCUAUACCCCGCGCUCUUGAGUCUCUUCAGCAAGCUUUCUAUGGCCUCUAUCCUCCCUCAGCUCGCGCCCCUGGUCUUCAUCCUCCCACAAUCCUUACUCGAUCACCUGCCGACGAAACUCUCUUCCCCAAUGAUGGCAACUGUCGACGCUUCGCUGCUCUCGCUCGCGCUUUCGCUCAGCGCUGUGCUGACCGCUGGAACGACUCCGACGAGAUGGCAUAUUUGACAAGACGCCUCGGUCGCUGGAUGCCCGAGGAACAUCCACACGUUGCCGUGGACUCUCGGCCUCGCCUCAGUGGCAUUAUGGACACUAUCAAUGCAACAAAGGCCCACGGUCAAGCCACUCGGUUACCCAAAGAGUUCUACGACCCCGAAGUCAAGCGAAUUAUGGAGAAGAUCGGCGUCGAGGAGUGGUAUGCUGGAUACAAAGAGAGUGAGGAGUACCGCACUCUAGGCAUCGGUGGACUUCUCGGAGACGUUGUGUCUCGUAUGGUCGGUAGUGCUGAGCAUUCUACUGCUGAUGGCGAGUAUGAGCUGGCUCUCAACAAGAAGGUUUCUGCUACUACACCACAACCUGUACGAUUUGGAAUGAGCGGUUGUCACGAUACCACUCUUGCUGCCACACUCGCCAGCCUCGGCGCCUUCAACGAAGAGGCCUGGCCGCCUUUCACAAGUCAUGUUGCGAUUGAACUAUUCCGCCACGUCAAUGCAGGCGCCACACCUCCUCCUGAAGCUCCCAAGCCCACUGGCUUUCCGUCUUUCUUCGGCCUGGGCAACCUGUCAGAGAACGAAAAAGAGCGCCUGAGGGGUUACUAUGUCCGCCUGCGCUACAAUGACCGCCCGGUGACUAUCCCUGGCUGUGCGCCAGUAGGCAAGCAUCUUAAUGGUGAUGAGUCCUUUUGCACUUUGGAAGCCUUCAAGGAGAUCGUGGAUAAGUUCACACCCAUAAACUGGAAACAACAGUGCGGUGCCAAUGUAAGGGACCCAGCCUUUCCUUCUAAGCCCGAGCCAUCGGGAUAUUGA